AUGGAGGAAGAAGAAGAACCGCAAUGGUAAGAUGUUUCUUUCGCAGUUUUGAAAACAUGAGUGGAAAAUUUUGUGACGCGAAAACAAUACAACAAUACUCGGUCCAACGCCGUCUACACGUGUGAGCAACCAUUUCAUCCACAUUUUGUCUCUUUUUCAGGAUCUACAUGUUUGCUGACACUUCAAGAGUUCUCACGAUCGUUAUAUCCAUAUUGCUUAUUGUAUACGGCAGUUUUAGGUAAGCUUUCCUUUACGAAUUCAUGUAAUUUUGACGAGGUCUAUGUCAAUGUCUUCCUGACUGUGCGUGACAACAGCGGUGUCAUAAAAGGUGAUGCCACCCAAAUGUUCGAUUAUGACAGGAGAGAUCGAUCAACUAAAACGGUGAUCGACCCUAGAAUCAAACUUUUUCUAACAGCUCUAACCUAGAUUUUUGCUGGUGGAAAGCUUAACUUCGACUCUGAAAAGCUACUUCUUUUCAAGCACAUAAUUUGUAUCCCAAGGUGUCCAUGCUAAAAAUACUGACUCUCUCAAGAAGGGUGAAAAUAGUUUAUUCUUAUAGAGAUCUUUUGAUUGCAAGUAACGACUUUCCUGUUUCGGUGCCGUAGUAGGAUUUUCCUAGAUAAUUUACUUAAAAAAAAUCUGUCUGGCAGAAAUUCUUUGUUGUGUUUAUAAGAACAAUUAAGACCAAUCCUGAGAAGUUGAAAAUGCUAAUUAUCUUUUUUCUACAUUUACUUAACCCACAUAAGCAGUACCUUGGCUUAGAUAACAGGAAAGAAACCUGUUUGAUAAAUAUUACAAUCUAACUUGCCAACUUCUCUCAGGUUUUUUAAAAAGGAUUGGAAAAAAUUUACCCCAUGACUCAAAAUUUUAGAUUGCCAUGCAUUGUGGUAACUAUAAUAUUGCUCAUUAGUGUUUUUUUAAAACCUAAGAAUGUAAGGUUCUGCCAUAAUUAUAUUCUCUAAUCUGUUUCCUUAAUGGGAUUACACUUAUAAGUUGUGUUUAAUAGAACCGCAUAAAAGAGAUCCUAUAAAAACAUAUUUGUACAAUGUUUUAAAGGGUAAUUAAAUAAAAUUGAAAGCCAUUCAGUGAUGGUCACAUUGUAUAAAUCAUUUAAAUCAAUUUUCUUAAAAUUUAGGAACAAAAUUAGUUUUGAGAUAUUGGAGGCCAGCUUUUUACAAUGAUUUAACUUUAGAGUUGAAUCUAAAUAUUUUAUUGGUCUACACAAUUGGUGCAUCUAUAAUCGACAAAUCCUGGUAAAGCAGCCUUUUGAUAGGAUGAAAAGUAAAACCUGAAUUGUUCAGACUGGGAUAUCUAGUUAGGAUCAUAUUAUACUGUCUAAAGGUUGAUUAAACAGUAAAUAGAAUCACUACAUAAUUUAAUACUUGAGAUUUCAUUUUGCCACAGAAAGAUCAAACUGUUUUCAGAUUUACAAUGCAAUAAGUUUUGCUGAGCCUGACUGAGAAAGACAUCUAAACCUGCAGCAUUUUGUACGGUACUCAUUUCCUGAAAAAUUUUUAGUGACUUAGUCUAAGUGUGAGCCAUGACAUUAAAAAAGUUAGAAUCAGGUUUUUACCUGGUGUAGAAGACACAGGUGGUGUAAAACAAUAGAGAACAAAAGACAAAAGAACAAGGAAAAGGAUGAUAACAAAAGGUUAAUUAAGUGCUAUUCUAUUGUGACAUGUCCUGGGUCUUCUGCAUCAAGAUGGAACUAGAUUUUGUUGGCCAUGCAAUGCCAUUAUCACAUGACCAGCAUUGUUUCAAGAUUAACCUUUAAUUACUGUUACAAGGUUUAACAAAAAUUUUUCUUCUUGAGGAAUUUAAAUCUCAAACUUUAAUUACAGCUAAGUAACUUGCCAUGAAUCACAUACAAGUCAUGCACUUGAGUCCACUUGAAUUUUGAAAAUUAACAGGCUAAAGGGACAACUAAUUUCAAGUGCAAGAUUAAUUGUAUGUUACUUUUUAUAAUCUGUAUCAUGGCUAUAGCACAUUGUUAACAUUGUGGUGAGUCUUUUAAAAAAAAAAUCAGGAUCUUCCAUCAGUGAAACUUGAAGAAAAGGCAGUUUAACCCAGUUUAACUCCUAUGAGUGACCAAGACAGAAUUUCUCCUUACAAUAUCAAUACAAUAUUAACCAGAUAAGUGGUGAGAAUAAAGAAAAAUAUCCAUUUGAAUGGUGAUAAUUAGUUGAUCCAAUACUAAAUUAUCUGAAAUAACAUUCUAAGAAUUGUAUGAUUGACAGUAAGGAGAAGUACAAAUUUGAUCUGGUAGUUUAAGGGGUAAUCACAAAAUCCAGGAUAGGUAUUCUAUUGUAUGCACCCUAACAUCAGUAUCCAUAUUCUCUAUACUGAGCUUCUUUAGUGGUUGAUCAUUUCUUGUAUUCUUGUGACCUAACUGUUUGAUUCAGGGUUGAUGUUUUAAGGAAAAAUUAGAUGCAAGUCACUCCAAGGGCUUAAAGGCUUAAUUUAACUCUCAGGUUUGCCUAAAAUGAAAAGAAAUCAACUGUCUUUUAAGUUUAAAGCAAAUACACCUGCUUUCCAGCACCAGCUGAAUGUUACAAGUGACUACCGCAAAGCAAACUAUCAUAUUAGUAACCUCUGAUUGUCUUUAUCUCCUCUCUUGCGACAGGGCUUUAGGGUUGGACAAAACAUAUAAUAAUUCAGAAGAUCCAGAAGAUGAGCAGUCAAACCAGAAUGAUACACCUUUCUCAAGACUUAUGGAUGGUAAAUGUUAAAAAGUGUAAUAUUAUAAUUAUAGUAAUCUGUCUAAUCACUCCCUUCUAAAAAGCCUCUUAAGUUUUUGGUUGAAGGAGCAAACUUUUGAGACCAACUUAAACUAUGAAACUUACAGUAAUUAUGCAUCUAUCAAUUUGAAGCUUCAACUCACUGAGUAUUUAAACUUUUGAAGAUGGUUUUGUUCAAAUUCCUUCCUCUGGGGCAAAAUUGUGUUGAAAUGCCCCACCCAAGUGCUGUAUUUGAUGGUCAAUUUUUUGUAAUAGGUAUAAUCCAGGAUGGUUACUUUCUACACAUUGAUCAAGCCUUAAAAUCUAGAUCUUUUAGACCUUUUCCUCUGACCCAUUUGUUGUAAAAGUGAACUGUUUACCUUAAUCACCUCUGCACUUUUAUUUUGCUGGAAAAAUUUGGCACUUCCAGUGAAAAUUCCCCACCCAAGCUAGGCAAGGUUCAAAUUCCCCAUCUUCUGGGCACAGACAACAGUCAAAUAUGCAUGGGUUGUCCUCCCCUCCACGGGAGGCAGGGUGUGAAGCUACAAAUUGAUGUGUGCAUUAUGAUUGUAUUCAUUUGCUAGGAGAUUGAAAAUUAGGAAAAAGCCGAAAGUGUGUGUUUUCCUUGAUUCCAAUCUUCCUCCUUAAAAAUAAUCUUUACGAAGCCACUCUGUUAGAAUGAACUUAAAUCAGUAAGAAUGUAAGAUACCAAAAAUUAUCAGUGGUCUGGACUGGCAUUGAUGUGUUUAGGAUAGAAUGAAGAAAGUGUGGAUGAUGAUAAGUUGGUCGUAUGUUUGUGUUUUGCACAAUUCCCCUUUCAUAGUACUGUUGGCUUGGUGUAAUUGUUGUUCAUUAAAUGAGCUGUUACAAGGCUAUCACUUUUAUUUCUUCCUUCUGAAAACCCUGUCUUGCUACCUACAUGUACAUGAAGAAGUGAUUGACCCUGAUCAUACUAACUUCUGCUCAGGUUGUUGAAACGUCCAUCACAACUAGCAACAACAGUCCUCCUCAGGACUGACCUCACCUGGGCGAUCAGACUACCUGUUUAAAUGAAGAGUUAUAACACUUUUUUCCUUAUUUUAAGUUUUUUCUUUCAUUUUUAGGCUUCCAGACCAUCAACACUGCCCAAGCUGUAUUCCUUCCAGUUGGGGCCUCAUUCUCUCUGCUUGUGAUGUUUUUCUUUUUUGAUACUCUUCAGUUUUUCUUUGCACUGUGCACAGCUGGUAAGUAAGAACUUUGUGAUGCUUAAGCACAGACAUUUUUGAGAUCCUCUUUUUUUUCCAGUUUCACUUCAACUUGUAAACCAGAAAGGCCUUUUUUUAAUAUUUGAAACUAAGUGCUUCAGGCAAAAGAUCUACAGCAAGCACCAUGAAGAUAUCACCUUUGCUUGUUUUCCAUGUCUUAAGGACUACCAUUUUAUCUCAGCUGUGUUUGUUUGAGAAAUUAUUAGUAUCAUUAUUGAGUGUUAUUGAGCAUUUGGGAGAAAUUAGAUGCUGAUCACUGACUUUGGGAGAAAAGGGUUGAACUAAAAUGCAUGUGUUGUUACUUUUCAGUGCUAGCCAUGGUUGCUUUUUCUUUUGUGCUUUUACCUGUUUGUCAGUUUCUUACCAAACCCUGCUUCACCAACAAUAAUCAAAAGUGAGUAUUGAGAGUUAACCCUUUACACCCUAACAUCAGUAUGCAUAUUCUCCUUACUGUUCUCUAUACAUUUCCUGAGGUGCUGACAAGGAGAAUUUGUAACAAUCAAGAGCUUCUUUAUUUGCUGAUCAUUUCCUUUUUUCGUAUGACCUUACUGUGUGAUUCAGGGAUGAUGUUGUGAGGAGAAUUACAAGUAGAUGCCAGUCAUUCUUAGUCAAAGGGUUAAGAUUGAAAAUUAAAUAAUGCAUCUAAUUUUAAUUGCUAGAGAAAAAUAUUUUCUAGAUUAAAAUUCUGAUAGUAAUUGAUAGCCAUCUCUCUCCAGAUGGUAACAAGUCAUGGGAAUAUUUUUUAAGACUUUCAGAACUGAAUCUUUUCAUCCCAAGAUUUAAAUGUUUUUUUUUCACUUUUGUCUUCAGAUUUGCCUUGAGAAUUAGUUUGAAUUUAAACAUUCCCUAUAACUUGAUAGUUUUCUUAUCACCUUUCUGCUGGAAAAUGGUAUCAGCAAUAUUGUAACGAGAGAGUCUUGAUAUUCACUUCUGGGAAUGAAAAGGUUAUAAUGAUUGAAACUCUUACAGCCUUUUCAAUUUUAAGUCAAUUUGGUCUGAUCAGUUGAGUUGAUAAUGUGAAUUAGCCACCAUAAAAGAGUUUCUUUAGCAAGGCUCUGACAAAGAGCUAAGGCAAGUAAUGUCAGCUUUAAAAAUUCUUUAUGGUGGCCAAUUUACAUUUAUCAACUUAGCGGAUAACACCUACCUUAAUUAUCUCGUGAUGUCCCUACCAUCUCAGCACGACAGUUUCUUUAGAAACUAACUCCCUUUAUUCAAUAUAAUUUGUCAUGGAUCCAGCUACAUCAUAUUCUGAAAAUUUUCCAUAUAGUCUAGUGGUCAAACUUAAGCUUUAAUUGGUAUAGAGUACAAAAAUAUCAUUGAAACUCAAUAAUUUUCCUUGUUACAUGUAGAAAUACAGCUUCGCACGUUUUGAUUUGAGUGUUGGUUAAUUUCAAUUUUAUUGCAGGCUCUACAUUGGCUUCUGUGGACGAUUUACACCAGCAGAAGUUAUGUCACUUGUGUGUUCUGGUGUUUUAGUUAUGGUGUGGAUUGUCACAGGACAUUGGGUUCUCAUGGAUGGUAUGUUUUUUAGACUUUAAACUCUACUAACUGACAAGUAUUAAGUGCAGUCAACUAACAAAUUUGUCAUCAAUUUAACAAAUAGACUCCAUGUUGCUGUGUGUUUGUUCAGUGAUAGAUUGCAGGUGACAUCAAAGUGUAUCACAGAGGCACUGGGCUGUCUUGUUGCAAAUUCACUAACUAAGAUCUACAUGAUAACUUUGAUAUUUUACUUUUAUUAGGGAUCAUCACGAUAAUAAUUGUUAUAACAACCUAUUAGUAAUAACAAAAUUUUAGAACUUCGUAGUGCACAAUGAUACAGAGUUAUGUUAAGGCAGGUCUUUUUUUGUCCUUGAGAAUGAGACUGGUAAACCUUAUAAUUAAAUAACAUGACUUUGUUUUCUGUUUUUCUCUUUCAGCGUUAGCCAUGGGCCUUUGUGUUUCCAUGAUUGCCUAUAUACGUUUACCAAGCCUCAAAGUGUCCACUCUUCUGUUAAUAGGCCUCUUAAUUUAUGAUGUAUUUUGGGUAAGUUAAUUCCAAGCAGUGGUGAUACAAAAAGUGGAUCGAUAUCAGUAUCUGGGCAACUGCCCACCUACCCCUCCCCUUACCCAACAUUAACUUCAACUUGUUGUCAAUUGACUGUUGUUGAGUUAGGGGAGGGGUAGGUGGGCAGUUGCCCAGAUACUGAUAUUAAUCCCAAAAAGUUAUUAGAAUGGGAAUGCGAAUUUAGCUAUGUACAUUUCAUGAAGUGGCUCUUCUUGUCCACUGAGUCCAGGUCAAUUUGGAAUUUUGGUUUAUGAGGAGAGAGGAAAACUGGGCCAAUUGGUCUCCAGUUGUUUGAUGAAUUCAAAAUUUUUGGCAAUCAUACAGCUCCACCCUCAUUGUUAUUUCAUAGUUCCAUCAGCUUCUCAGGGUUUUGAGAACGUAAAUGGGAAUUUAGCAAUAGACAAUCCAGGAGCUGGCUCUUCUUUUCCACUAUCUCAAUGAUGAUAUGAUUACUUUCUAAUAAUGGCUGUGCAAAUUUUGAUUUUGCAGGUUUUCUUUUCAAGUUACAUAUUUAAAGCAAAUGUUAUGGUUCAGGUUGCCACACAGCAGGCCGCUAAUCCUGUAAGUAGUCUGCGGGUAGAGAAUUCAACCCUUCUAUUUUGGCCAGUGAAGCAUAUGGUGUCGUUCCAUGUCCAAAAUAUGACUGAGAUGGGAAGAAAACUCCACAGAGAUUUAUUUACUGACAAUAUAAGUAAACUUGGCUGUGUAGCCAAACAAUCCCUGACACACGUGUUGCAUGAGUAGGAGACUGACAAGUGUGACAGUGUGAUUUCUUACAUCAUACACCACAGCCAGAAACCUUCCAUCAUCAUUUCCCAAAUGAUAAAUACAUAGAUUCUCUGUUCUCUGGACACUGAUCUUUUUUUUUUUUGUAUCUGAUUCUUUAGGUGUCUAUAAUGGCAAAUAAAUUGAAAAUGAAUCCAGUAGGAAAUAUCUCUCCACAAAUAUCUCUUCCAGGAAAAUUAGUUUUUCCAAGGUGAGUUUUAGAUAGCAUUGUCUCAGCAAUUAUGCCCAUUGCCACAGGCUACCCAUACCUGGCAAAAAGCUGAUCAUGUGCUUAUUUUGUAAUCCUAUCAAUUAAAAUUGAAUACUGUUCAUACAUAGUGCUACUUCUUUGAGAAUUUUUAUGAGGAUUCAUUUUUUUUUUUUUUGUUGUUGUUAGUAUGCAAGACAGAAGCAGAUUCUCCAUGCUGGGACUUGGAGAUAUAGUAAGUAAAAACAUGUAAAUUAUUUUUUGCAAGGAAAAGUAUACCAUCAUGUAAAUGGAAAAAAAAUCAUAAUUUUGACCUGUGAAUGACAACAAGAAACAAACUGAUCCCCUCAGGUAAACUGCAGUUAAAGAAAUUACAGAAGAAGAAUUAGAAAAAUUGAAGCUUUGCUAGGGUGCAAACCCAUAGCAAAUGAGCCAGGAAGCCUCAUGUUUGGAUUUAAGAGGCAAAUUUUGGUGUAUUCUAUUGAGUUCUGUGUUUCCUCUAAAGUUAUCUGAUGGCAUAUCAUGGUAUUAGUGUGAUAAAUCGUAUCUUGACCUGAUAACAAUCUUAUGAUAAUAAGUAACAAACUAAUCCUUAGCUUGACAAUCUCUUGGAUUGUGAACUAUACUUUGCUAAUUAACCCUUUAACUCCCAAGAUCUAGUUGUUAAUUCUCCCCUCUAGCUGCUACACAUUCCCCUGUAUAUGAGUAACUAGAAUUUGUUGUCAGAUCAAGACAACAACUUCUACCUGAUUAGUUUGAGUAUACUCGCUACCUGUUUGCAUGGUAAUAUAUGGAUAUUCUAGGGAGAAGUUAUAUGUUAAUCUCUUUUGGGAGUUAAGGUAGCCUCAAAUACAAAUGGAUAGUUUUUUUUUUCCAUUUUUAAAUUCAGUUCUGGACCUAAUUUGUUGUUUGUUAUUUAUAAUAGGUUAUGCCAGGCCUUCUCCUGUGUUUUGUAAUGAGAUAUGAUAAAUACAAGAAGCAGGCAGCCGUAGCAGCAGACACAGAACAAGCCAGAGUAACAUAUUUUCAUUGUUCUCUUAUUGGAUAUAUUGUAGGUAAGUUUUGGGAGAGCUCAAUGACUCUGCUCUAAUAAAUGCGUGGUUGCACUUAUGCUGCUAUGACACUUUACACCCUAACAUCAAUAUGCAUUUCCUCCUUACCGUUUGCUACACAUUUCCUUAGGAGUUGACAAAGAGAAUUUGUUGUAAAACUGAGACCUUUUUUAGUCGGUUAUCAUGCCGUUUAUUCUAAUAUGUAUUAUUGUUUAUCACUCGUAGGAGUCAAAGGGUAACCAGAUUAUAAAAGGCAGAAAAGAUAAACUACAAUUUUUACUCUAGAACUUUCUGUGGGGAUUCAAUAAUAUAGUAUAAACCUGUGACACUUUUUCAAGCAUAUUUUUUUGUUGACACGAUAGGAACCAAAUCAACAUUGUGUUGGUGGCCCAUAGUGCAGACGACCUCAGUUCCAAUGUUACCAUAACAUAAGCAACAAAUCAAAGUACUGGGCAGAUGAUUGAUUGAUUGCUUUUUUUCCUGUUAAACAGGUUUAGUGACGGCUACUGUGGCAUCUGAGGUGUACAAAGCUGCCCAACCUGCGCUUCUUUAUCUUGUUCCAUUUACGCUUCUACCAAUUUUAGUUAUGGCUUAUCUGAAGGUAUUUAUUAUUUUAAUUAAUCACCUUCCUUUGAUAUACCCGUUGGAUGUCACAUUUAAGAUGAACUUUGUGUGACCAGGGAAAUAAAAUAAUGUUUAAUUAUUUUCAGUUAUUUUAGAGCGCUUUUCGAUUGACUGUCCUAAAACUAAAACCAAAGUUAUCACAACAGCCACGGUAAAAAUGUGCAAACUACCCAAAGCGCGGGAAGAUGCGGACGACCAAGUCACGAUUGUUUUCGUUUGGCCUCUGAUUGGUUUAGAGCACGGCGAGAGUUUUUUUAGACCAAUCACUGACCGAAGUAAGGCAAAAUCGAAGCAAUCCCGGAAUACUCACGCGCUAACAAAUGAAGAAAUAUAAAAUUGUUUCCGUGUUUACGUAGCCUGAUGUAAACACGCGGGAGGUUGAGAGAACACGAGAUAAGCGUAGGAAACCACGACGCGAAGCGGAGUGGUUUCCAGCUUAUCGAUUUUAUGAAAUAGCUAAUGAAAGAGGAACGAAAACCGUGUUUACAUACGCUCAUGUAAAAUGGUUUUAUGGCCAAUCAGAGCGCGCGUACUAUUUGAAUUAUUUUAUAAAAUAACUUCUUACUCGGAAGCGAGCGCAAAGUAUCAACCUUUCGCAGGCUGGCAUCGCUCAGAGCCUGAUACUUUUUUCGCGGGCGAAAAACCGAAUGAAUUACUGCAAGGUCUGUGGAACACUAAUUUAAAAGAGGAUUACAUACUUUUGGCAAGAAAUGUUGUUUAUUUUUUUAAUUUUCUUUUCUCCCUCCGUAGGGCGAUUUACGGAAAAUGUGGCAAGAACCCUUUGUGGUUGCUGGUUCGAAAUUUAAAUUGCUGGAAGUAUAACACAUGUCAAAGCCUAGGCAGAACAUUCAAUAUAGCGAAAAGAUUGCGUCAAGAUGAGUCAAGUACUACCACGUUACCGAUAGAGCGCUUUCCGAUCGAGUGUCGUAAAAAAUCAAGACCAAAGUAAUUAGAACAGCCAAGGAAAUCACCUUUCAGAGCUCAAAAGUAAAACCGACCAAACGCGGGAAAACGCAGAUGACCAAGUCGUGAUAUAUUUAGUUUUGCAUCUUAUUGGUCGAGAGAGUUGCGUGAGUUUUCUGAACCAAUCAUAAAGCGAAGUAAAGCAAAAACUAAUGAAUCCCAGAUCACUUUCGAUACUCAGUCGUAAAUUGCUCUAUUGUAUCAAGAGAACUGUUCUUUAAUUUGCUUUUGAUGCAAUAGUCACUUGAUGUCCCAGUAAAGUUUGGAAGCUUGAGCUGGAAGUUGGCUAAAAGAUGGUAACAGCGAACGAACAAAAAAAAUCUGCGAAGGAAUCUUAAAUAAUAAUUUAGAACAUUCAUAUGGUACUUUCUUGCUUUGCAUAGAAUGGAACUUUCAUUCAAGGAACACCAUUAGGUGUUCAAACUUGUUUAAGAAAAACCUUGCAAAAAUGUUUCAAAAUGUACUAUAAGGUGGACAGAACAGAGAAUGGAAUUACGUACAUUAGCCAUGUCUUUGUUCUCCCAUAGAUCGUUAGGAAAUGACAUUCAGUGGCAGAGCGCGUAGUAUUUAUUUCAUUGUGUUAUUCCCAGAUUUUUAAUAACUAAAUUUGAUUGGCUAAAUGACAAGAAAGGAACGUUGCUUUCGGUUAGGAGAAUAUCAACAAUUUACCUGAAAUGACCGGCCUGCAUUGAUCCCCUCGCGCAUGCCCGACGUUUGACCGCUGUGUUGUUGUAUACGGGUAUACAGGGAAGAUUAUCACGAAAGAUUUCUUUUUGGGAGACAAUGAUGUAUGUAAAGAAUUUAUAAAUUGUAUCACAAGAAGGAUUAUCUUGUACGAAAUCACUCUCAAUUAAGAAAAUAAGUAUUGUGUAAAGUGGACAUAAUGUAUGAAUUUCUUACGUUUUUGAUUUAAGCCUCUUGCUGUUUCACGAUGGUGGCAACUAUCGUGUGUUUUGUUACUACUCUUUCAUAAAUUGCCGUAUGUCUACAGAAAGCGUCUUGCUAGCGCACCUGCCCCUUCCCUAACUCAAAAAUAGUCCAUUGAUAACAAGUUAUGGCGAAUGUUUGGUUAGGUAGGGGUAGGUAUGUAGUUGUUCAGAUACUGACACUGAUUCGCCUUUUCAGUCUAAGCCUGUUUGUUCUCAAGUGUUUUUCGUAAUGCCAGUACGAGUAUCGAGUGAUAAAGAGAUUUAUGUAAGCAUCUCAAACAACGGCUGGAAGAAAUAAAUUUGUAAGUGGCCGGCUU